AACAAAUCAAAUCCAAUCAAGAAAACAAAGAGAAAUAAGAACUCAGAAUGUCUCCGAAACCCAUUUUUCGGGAAUACAUUAUCGGUUCAAAGGAUGUCCCGCCAAUUGAAGGUUUCCCAGUAGAAAUCAUCAACAAAAGAAUCCCACAAUUUCACUUCAUUUUGGCCUUUGCCUCAGAUGAUUACGUUGAGGAUGCUAGCGGCAAGAAACAAGGGAAGGGAAAUUUCCGUGCAAAUUGGAACGUGACCAAGUUCAGUGCUAAAAGUAUCAGAGAACUAAAGGCAGAUUACGAGGGUGUGAAGGUGGUAAUAAGCCUUGGAGGUCGUGGCACCGAUUUUCCAUUCAAUCCUAAAGACAAAGAAAUAUGGAUUGACAAUGCCAAGAAAUCACUCAACGAGAUAAUNUCAGUGCUCUACAAGUUUCAUNUUGAAACUGUGAUUGAUGGCAUUGACAUCAACUAUGAGCACAUCGAAUCCAGUGAAGAUGACUUUGCUUACAGCAUAGGCAAAGUCAUAGAUUACCUCCAAACCACCAUCAGUGGACUCGUGGUCUCCAUUGCACCCUCAAAACCUGUCCUUCCCCACUACCAGCAGUUGUUCCAGGCUAAUCCAAACCGUAUUCACUGGGUGAAUUACCAGUACUACGAUCAGAAAGUCCCCAGCACACACGAAUUUGUCAACCUCCACAAAACCCUAAUAGACACCUUCGGUGUUGACAAGCUCUUGGCAGGUUUCAGCACUGAUCCAAAAGACAAGGGUAACAUAUCCCUUGAGGUCUUCGUUGAGGGUGUCCUACAACUCAUCGCAUCUGGUUCACUUGCUGGAAUUUUUGUUUCAGAUGCUCAGUCCUCCCGCUUGAUUGAGCCUCCCCUCUACGUUGAGAAAAAGGCACAAGAGAUCCUCACUGGAUCCGAUUAGGUCUUCUCAACACGAUUCUAUCACACUGUGCUCUGUGCUUUCCUUGUAUUAUAUCUAAUGGGGUCAUUCUCACACGCUAUGAUUACUCAUACAUAGUCCAUGUGCUACUAAAUAAGACCCUUAUCUUCUUGCGUGCUUUUUGUUUCUGUGUGCCUUCUGUAUUCACUCCUUCUAAAUAAAAUUUCCGUCUCUCUUUUAUCAU